AUGUCUGUGUUAUUAAUGUUUUGGUAUUUUGUAUGUUUCGUUACAGUCAUUUUGUUAUUGAUCGCUCUCCGUACGUGUAGGAAACCAAAAAACUAUCCACCAGGGCCAGUGUGGAUACCAUUUAUGGGAAAUACAUAUCAAUUAGCUAAAUUGUCGUCUAUCAAAAAUGGUCAAUAUUUAGCUUUCGAAGAGCUCCGUCAAAGAUAUAACUCUGAUAUCAUUGGGUUGAAAUUAGGACGUGAAUACGUUGUUGUUUUGUUUGGAAAUGAUCUAUUGAAGAAAACUUUAGUUGGAGACGAAUUUCAAGGACGGCCUGAUAAUUUUUUUAUGAGACUCCGGACAAUGGGUAAACGUAGAGGUAUAACGAUGACUGAUGGAGAUACUUGGAAAAUACACAGAUCGUUUGCGGUCAGACACUUGAAGUUACUUGGUUUAGGACAAAGAAGGGUGGACGAAUUGAUUUAUGAUGAAUAUCAACUCAUGGUACAACGUCUAGUCGAUGAGACGGAAAGUGUAACGCCGACCUUACACUUGCAAUCAGCUGUAAUGAAUGUUUUAUGGGAGUUGACAGCGGGCACUAAGUUUGAAGACCCUAAGUUGUUAAUGUUGAUGAAGAAACGAAGUUCAGCAUUCGAUAUGGCUGGUGGAUUGCUUAACCAGAUGCCGUGGUUACGAUAUUUGGCACCUACCAGGAUGGGUUACUCACUCAUAACUGAUAUCAAUCAGCAAAUUUAUUCAAUAAUAUCUAACAAUAUUGAGGAGCACAAGAGAACUUUAACUGACACUACCAGAGAUUUUAUUGAUGCAUAUUUACAUCAAAUGAAAAAAGAAGAAAUAGACAAUACAAUGUUUACUGAAGAACAAUUGGUAGCUGUUUGUUUGGAUUUAUUUUUUGCUGGAUCAUCAACAAUUAGUGGUACAUUAGAUUUUGCUAUAUUGGCUAUGGCUCGAUGGCCAGAUGUCCAGGCUAAAGUUCGAUCUAUUCUGGACGAGAUCCAACCUCCGGGAACGUACAUUACAGCCGAACAAAUUCUUAAAAAUCGAUACGUGGAAGCGGUGCUAUUAGAGACGAAGAGACUUAAUCAUGUAACACCAAUUAUAGGUCCUAGACGUGUGUUAAGAAAUACAAAUCUUAAUGGAUAUAGUAUACCUAAGAAUACAACAAUUUUGAUGAGUUUAUAUUCAUUACACCACGAUCAGUUGAAAUGGGAUGAUCCUGAAGUUUUUCGACCAGAGAGGUUUAUGGACACAGACGGAAAACUCAAUACAAUCGGAGAUUUGUAUUUUUUUGGAUUUGGAAAGAGACGAUGUCCUGGUGAAGCGUUAGCACAGCGGUUUGUUAACUUAGUAUUUGCCAAUUUAAUUCAUGAUUUUGUAAUUGAAAUAGACCAGUUAUCCGAUGGAGUAAAUUGUGGUAUACUUAUGACACCAAAACCUUACAAAAUAAAAUUGUCUAAAAGAAAAUAAACAUCUUUAGUGUAU